CAGAAAAUGGUGAAGGAGAUGAUGAAUGAGCUUGAACGCAACUCAUCUUCUUCUCAUUUGAAGCAAAAUCAUGUUUUGGUGAAGUUUGUUGUUUCAGUUGUUUUGGUGGGUGUUGCAUUUAGUUUGUUGUAUACUGGUCUUUUGGAUGUUUUUCGAACAACAACUACAAAAGAGGAUGGAGAAAUUUCUGAUAAAUGUGAUAUCUUUUUGGGGGAAUGGGUGCCGGAUCCAUCAGGUCCAUUUUACACAAAUGAGAGCUGUCAUGCAAUUACUGAGGAUCAGAAUUGCAUGAAAAAUGGGAGGCCUGAUUCAGGGUACCUACAUUGGAGAUGGAAGCCACAAGGUUGUGAAAUACAACGGUUUAAUGCAGAGAGAUUUCUUCAGAUGAUGCGGGAUAAAUCGUGGGGAUUCAUAGGUGAUUCGAUUGCUCGCAACCACGUUCAGUCAUUGCUUUGCAUUCUGUCCCGGGUGGAAACAGCAAACGAGGUUUACCACGACGAGGAGUGGAGAUCCUAUAGAUGGCACUUCCCGUCCUAUAAUUUCACCCUCUCCGUUAUCUGGUCUCCCUUCCUUCUUAAGUCAAAGAUUGAGGGUAUGCAUGGAAUGACCACCAGUGAUAUCCAGUUACAUCUCGAUAAACUGGAUGAGAAAUGGACAAAUGAAUAUCCGAGUUUCAAUUAUGUUACAAUAUCUGGUGGAUCAUGGUAUCUCAAAACUGCGACAUAUCAUGAAAAGAACACAGUAACGGGAUGCCAUAAUUGUGGAGAUAGCAACUUGACAGAAAUGGGAAUAAAUGAUGUUUAUCCUAAAGCCAUUAAGCUGGUUCUGAACUUCAUCCGUAACUCUAAUCACAGUGCUGUAGUUUUUUUCAGGACAACCACACCAACUCAUUACGAGAAUGGAGAAUGGGACACCGGAGGAACUUGCAACCGCACAGUUCCGUAUAAAGAAGGUGAGAUAAGCUUGGAAUAUACCCUUUCUGUAAUGCGAGACAUCGAGUUAGAGGAAUUCAAGAAAGCAACAGCCACUGUAGGACCCGAAACACAAGUAAAACUAAAUCUCUUAGACACUACCCAGCUUUCAUUACUCAGACCCGAUGGACAUCCUGGUCCAUACAGACAGUUCCAUCCUGGUAAAAAUGCGACAAGUGAUUGUCUGCACUGGUGUUUGCCUGGACCGAUCGAUUCCUGGAACGAUAUAGUUAUGGAGGAGUUGAUGCGUGAUAGGGAUUACUCUAUUUAGCAAACUUGUAAUCUUGGAUUUGGCAGCUUAAGUCUUGUUAUUUCGCUGGUGCUUAUUGUAAGUUGUGAUCUUUUUCGUUGCAGUGUCUGUUUUCCCCUUGUUCUUAGCUUUCUGGCUUUGGCCAGAGUUGUGUUGUAAACAUAGGUGGUGCAUUCCUUCUCUUCCUUUUCUGUUUUUUCUUUUUGAAUAAAAUUCUACUCCUCUAUCAUGAAUAAAAUUCUACCCCUUUAUCAUAAAAAA